AUGUCUCAAUCAUCAGACCAGAUUCCUCAGGAUGGAUCCUCUGCCCCCGACAAUGGCCACCACCAAUUCUCCACGGUCUCUCCAGUGGCAGAAGAACCCUCAUCGCCAUCUGCCGCCACCGACGCCAUCGACUUCGCUGCCACACAACCUAGCCAAAGGUCGCGCGCCUCCACUACCGAGACAACAGGGCCCCUCAGCCCCUCUACCAGCGACCGUGUCUUCCCUAUCCGCAGUGCCAUUAGCGUUGACCCCAGUCCCACGCCCAAGAGUCAGAAUGCACAAGGUGACUACUUCCACCCCUUCUCCCGGACAAAUGACCCUCGCCUUGCCACCGAUAUCCGUCGAGCCUCUCAGGGCUCCCUCACAUCACAAUCUUCACAUGCGUCGCAACGUGCGUGGGCCAUGCGCCAUGGGCCGGGUAAGACGGCGCAGAGAGGCCCACAACCUAUACCCUCACAACUUUUCAACGACAUGUCGUCAAACAAAUCCAAUGGUAGCAUAAACGAUGACAGCCGGUCGCCGUCCUUCAAGCCCGAACAAGCGCCUUCAACAAAGAGCGGCAUCAGCAGUGUGGACAUGGGUGACUUGGUCACACACCGGUUCAGGCACGUCUCCACCGAGGGCGGACACAUGAUCAUAACAGGGCGUGAAGGUGAGACGCUACAACGGUGCGAAGACGAGCCCAUCCAUCUACCAGGCGCUGUACAGGGCUUUGGUCUCUUGGUAGCAUUACGAGAUGACCCCGAUGGCAAUCUGCAGGUGCGUAUUGUCAGUGAGAAUUCCAAGCGGAUACUAGGCCGUACUCCAAAGGAGCUCUUCGCUCUAGAAAGCUUUACAGAUAUUCUCUCCGAAGAGCAAGCCGACAACCUUCUCGACCACAUCGACUUUGUCAAGGAUGAAGAGUCCAAUGUCACGUCUAACGGACCUGAGGUCUUUACCAUGUCCAUCAAAAUCGCAGGCCACACUCGAACCCGCAAGCUAUGGUGCGCGAUUCACACCAACGAGGCCAAUCCUGGUCUAGUUAUUUGUGAAUUCGAGCUUGAGGAAGACCCACUCUACCCACUCGUGCCACCCAACAACAACACGCCUGACCUACCCGAAGAUACCUUGUCCAGUCAGCCUACUGCUGAUGAAUUCUUGGAAAGCACAGAGAUCAAAAGUAAGCCUUUACGGAUCCUGCGCAGUGCACGGAAAAGGAAGGGCGAAGCGGCGGCUAUGGAGGUCUUCAACAUCAUGUCGCAGGUGCAAGAACAGUUGGCUGCUGCGCCCUCAUUAGAAAGGUUUCUAAAGGUGCUGGUUGGAGUCGUCAAAGAGUUGACCGGCUUCCAUCGCGUCAUGAUCUAUCAAUUCGAUCAGAGCUUCAAUGGCCGUGUCGUCACCGAGCUCGUAGAUCCUCGAGCGACAAAGGAUCUCUACAAGGGCUUAAACUUCCCUGCCUCGGAUAUACCCAAACAAGCUCGAGAGCUGUACAAGAUCAAUAAAGUCCGCAUGCUCUACGAUCGCGACCUACAAACGGCGCGACUCGUCUGCCGUACAGCCGAAGAUUUGGAAGUACCCCUCGAUCUUACCCACUCAUACCUUCGUGCCAUGUCUCCCAUUCACCUAAAGUACUUAGCAAACAUGGCGGUGCGAUCGUCAAUGUCGAUUUCGAUUAAUGCUUUUGGUGAAUUGUGGGGUCUUAUUGCGUGCCAUACGUACGGGCCUCGUGGUAUGCGCGUCUCUUUUCCCAUUCGUAAAAUGUGUCGGAUGAUUGGUGAUUCAGCAUCAAGAAAUAUCGAAAGACUGUCGUACGCAUCGAGAUUACAGGCACGCAAGUUGAUCAACACAGUCCCAACACAGCACAAUCCUUCGGGCUACAUCAUCGCCUCCUCGGACGACCUCCUCAAACUUUUCAAUGCCGACUUUGGCCUACUAUCGAUCCGCGACGAGACUAAGAUUUUGGGCACUCUGGAAAAUUCACAGGAAUCUCUUGCCAUGUUGGAGUAUCUCAGGAUGAGGAGGAUUCAGGCUGUAAUGACUUCCACCGACAUUGCCACGGACUUUCCGGACUUGCGGUACCCACCAGGUUUCCAUGCCAUUGCCGGAAUGCUGAUAGUUCCAUUGUCUGUAGAUGGCGAGGACUUUAUUGUCUUUUUCCGAAAGGGACAACUCAGACAAGUCAAAUGGGCUGGCAAUCCUUAUGAAAAAUUUAUCAAAGAAGGCACUGAGGGUUAUCUGGAGCCACGAAAGAGCUUCAAGACCUGGUCCGAGACAGUCGUCGGCAAGUGCCUUGAGUGGACAGAGGAAGAGAUAGAAACCGCCUCGGUGCUAUGUUUGGUCUAUGGAAAAUUCAUUGAAGUAUGGAGGCAAAAAGAAGCUGCUCUACAAAGCAGUCAGUUGACCCGGCUACUGCUUGCUAACUCGGCACAUGAAGUCCGUACACCACUAAACGCCAUCAUCAACUACCUGGAGAUAGCGCUAGAAGGGGCUCUAGAUCAAGAAACACGAGAGAACCUCUCUCGGUCGCAUUCGGCAUCCAAAUCACUCAUCUACGUAAUCAACGAUCUCCUCGAUUUGACCAAGACUGAAGAGGGCGGGCCCUUAAUCAAGGGUGAGCUGUUUGAUCUCAAAGACACCAUUAGGGAGGCCACAGAUAUGUUCCGCAAUGACGCCAAAAGAAAGAACAUUGAGUAUCAAAUCAUUCAGCAUCCAGGCUUGCCUAAUCACUGUAUCGGAGAUCAGCGGCGAAUACGGCAGGCCAUCUCCAACAUCACAGCCAAUGCUAUUCAGCACACCACUCAAGGAUGUGUAAAGGUUGAAGCAUACGUUGCAGCCAGAACGGGUCGAGACCAUGUCGAUAUCGAGGUGGCAGUGUCCGACACAGGUGCCGGCAUGAGCCAGAAGAAGCUUGAUCAACUUUUCAACGACCUCGAACAAGUGCAGUCUGAGCCUGCCUCCAUGUUAGAGGAUGCCUUGAUACCAGAUCAGAAAAAGCUCGCGGAACAAGGUGAAAAAUCGACGUUGGGUCUUGGGCUAGCCAUUGUAGGACGUAUCAUCAGAAACAUGAACGGACAGCUAAGGUUACGCUCAGAGGAAGGCAAAGGCACAAGAUUUGUCAUACAGUUACCGUUCGAAAUUCCAGAUUCCGAGGCAGAUAGCGUCACCACUGGCGGAGCCUCACCUGCAGGGAGCGUUACGCCUCAUGCCGAAGAGUCUCUGCCUAAUGUUGUCAGUUCCACUGCUGGAGAGCGGACGCUAAUAGCGCCAAGUCUAUCUCGCCAGGGUUCUGCAGGCGAAGACGACAAACAGACAAGCAACGUUGUAGUACGGAAGACUAGUGCUGGGAGUUUGGCGAGCAAGAACAGCCUCCGAAGUUUCAAGACUAGCUCGAGUCAAAGAAGCGAUGUGGACAGACUUAUUGACGCCAUACAAGAGCCACACUUGAUAGGAAGAGGUGACACGAGUCCAGGCUCGCGGUCUAUGAGACCAACUCUGACAAAACGCAGCAGUCUAGAUGCGAAUGCAUCAGCCGCUGCCCGUAGGAGGUCCAAAAGUCUUGAAGACUUUAGUAACCAGACCGUUGUUCCGCCUCAUCAAAGGAUCAUGCAGUCAACGGUACCUGGUAAAGAGGCAAUUCCCGGUUCCGAUGCUCCUGUCGUGGCCUUAAAAGUCCCCGAUGAAGGCGGCAGCUCUCCAAUCGGCGUCCGCCCAUCUGGAAACAUACUCGGCGAGGUUGCUGAAGACAAACCUAUACAGCCGGCUGCUGAACCGGAGCCUUUAUCAGCUGACAACAUGCAUGUGCUUGUUGCUGAAGACGACCCGGUGAAUAGCAGAAUUGUUAAGAAGCGGCUGGAGAAGCUUGGACAUCACGUCCACCUUACCGUGAAUGGUGAAGAAUGCGCAUCUGCAUACUGUGACAACUCCAAAGACAUUGAUGUCGUCUUGAUGGAUAUGCAGAUGCCAAUUGUGGACGGACUCACCUCGACAAAGAUGAUAAGAUCAUUCGAAAAGUCGCAUAGUAACAUGUACUCUCCUCGAGCAGCCCUCUGUGGACGCGUUCCUAUCAUUGCAGUCUCAGCAUCCCUGAUUGAGCGCGAUCGCCAGCAUUACAUUGACGCUGGGUUUGAUGCCUGGAUUCUCAAGCCGAUUUCAUUCGACCGGUUGAACCGGCUCAUGCGCGCCAUUGUCGACACAGAUGUACGGAACGACUGCCUGUAUCAGCCCGGCGCGUGGGAAAAGGGCGGUUGGUUCCAACGCGGAAAGCAUACCGCUGAUGAGGCCGUGACCAAACCGUCUGGCGAACCACCAGUCUCGAAUCCUUCAGAAGAAAUGGAGGAAGUAGCAGUACUUCGCUCCGAGGAUCCAAUGGCGGGUGAGGAAAGGGAAACAGGUGAUAUUCCUGAAGAGCAAGCAAGACUUUUACAAAAUCAAGAGGAGGGCAAGACGGAACCUCCCCCUCCACCAGCAUCUUCCCCACCUCCUCCUGCUGUUGAUGAAGCCGACACCGAGAACCCUGCUACGUGA